GAGAUAAGAAAAUAUGGCGCUGCCCGGUGUAGGAAGUGAAUAGUAAAUGUAAAGCGAAACCAUGUAAAUAACCACAUUAUAAGAUAGUUUGUUGUGCUGAAUUCAAAAUGAGGACAAAGAUACAAGAUAUUUAGAAUUGUAAAGGAAAAUGAAAAAGAAGAGAGAAAUGCAAAAAUUUUCAACAUGGGAAUUUUUUCUUAUAGCAAACAUUAUCAAGUAUGUCUGAAUAUGUGAACCCCAAAACAAGUGUUCGUCAAUUGGAUGCUGGUCAGAUGGAAAAUAUUCGUAAAAAAUUUGAAAAUACUGCAGAAGGUACUAACCCAAGACCUCCAAUUAGUCCUAAGAAAAUUCCUAGACCAGUAUCAUCUGCCUUGUCAAAUUCUAGCAAUGUAAGCCCAAAGAGGACUCUCCCAAAACCUGCAUUGACAUCACAGAAUGGGAGUAAUGAAAAGGAGGAAUUGAAAUCAACGCGUGAACAAAUUUUACAUAAACGUAGACCUAGUAGUGAAUCUCCAGCAAUCAGUAAAUUAGUUCAGAAUUUCAAUGAGGGUAAUGCACAGUCUUCUGGAAAGUUAAAAACCGUUCAUUCAGACAAUGAUAUCGCCUCUGAAGCACUGCGACGGAAUCCUGUAUCAAGGUUCUCUCCAACAAGGCCAGUUUCUGUUGCAGAAAGAACAAAAAGGUUUGAAAGCAUAGACAAUACUGAGGAUACUAAUGUACCAGGUCAGUCUACAGUUUCCUCAUUACGACCAACUACUAUUGCUAGAACAAGAUCACAACGUAUCAGUUCUUCAUUAGAGGGUACAGAAGAUGACCAUAAUGUCUUUAAACGAACACCUACUGCAAAACCCAGAUCUCGACCAGUUAGCUCUGAAGUGGACUCUAAGGAUAUGAAACCAACACCACCAGUUAAACCUCGUUCUCGACCUCCCAGUCAAGCUCAGGAUGAUGGUGAUAAUGAAUAUGGUGCUGUUUGGGAGUCUGGACCAUCAGUUCCAACUCCUCCUCCUGUAAAACCUCCACGGACAGGUGCUCACGAUGAUUAUAUGAAACUUAAAGAUUUGAACAUACAAGACAAACAAAUAUCUCAGGAAAAAUUUAAAGUGAAACAUCAUUAUGAAACAGUUCCAGAUGAUUUUAUUCAAAAUGCACCAGUUUAUAAAAAAAUUAACAAAUCUGAAAAUGAAAAUAAAGAUAGUGUUUCAAAACGACCUCUUAGACCAAACAGACCCCCACCUCCCAGAGACAAACCAGAUACUGUGGCAACUAGUACCCCUCAGAAAUCAAAUUCCUUUUGUAAGAGGGAAAAGCCAGAAAUACCAAAAAGACCAGCAGGAGAAACACUCACUGGUAAUGUAUCACCUCUGUAUGAGGAACUUGAUUUAAAAAAUACAAAAUUUGAUCUGAGUAAGAUAAAACAUUGGGAUUUACCUGAAGAUAAUUUAUUGGAAGGAAGUGGCAGCUUAAAAAGAAGUUUUAGUGCUGAAUGUUUAAGAAGGGACAGCUUUUUUGACGAUCCUAUCUAUGUGGAUCCUAUUAAGGUUAACUUCAGGGAUGACACAGAUUUUGAUGUUUAUGUUGAUCCAUCAGGUUAUGCAAUACCCUACAGACAUAAAAAAAGACUUCAACAAACAGCUUCCACACCUGCGCAACCAAAGAAAAGUAAACUGUACCGUCAGUUAAGCAUGGAAGCCAGACCUAUAAGUCAAGCAGUGAAAUGCAAGCUGGGAAACCUGAGGAAGAGAAUAUUCAGUCAAGACACUCAUCAUUUAACUAAAGAUAGAAAAGAAUUUGACAUUUCAAAGAAUAAGAAGAAACUCCAAAGUGUUAAAAUGAAGAUCAAUAUAGCUUUUGCAAUAAUGAGGAAAGCGAAGAAAACAGAAAAUGAAGACCAAGAAGGAACCCAGAGUGCUGAUUUAGGUUCUUUGGAGUCUGACAGUUUGGUUGAUGAAAAGGAAAUUGAAAAAAGGAAAGAUUAUUGUAGUGUUGUUAGGAGGAAUACAGCAAAGAAGAGAAAAGACAACAAACAAGCCCAGUCAGUAGCCUAUCCUCAGUUGUUUGACUUUGCAUUGAUCGUCGGUCUUGAGCCGGUCUCUGAAGAAGGUGGAUACAGGCCGUAUAUUAUAUACAAAUUUCCUGAACAGCCUGCAGGAGAAGGAGAGAUAGAGAGUAAUAUCUCCAUUCCACAGUUCUGUUUUCCUGAUGCAUUAGAAUUUGAUGUAAAAACAGCUUCUCCUGCAGCACCAAGUGAGUCUUUUUCCUUUGUACUGACCACCUUUGAUGGACAACAUGUAUAUGGAUACUGUAAAAGACUUGUGCCUAUAGACACACCAGCUGGUUUACCAGAGGUUAUUUGUAUAGUUAGUCCUGUAGAUGCUUUCUCAAUGUAUAAUGAUUUGUUGGAUGAAAUUGAAGCCAAAAGACAAUUAUCUUUGAUCAUGGCAAAAGAAUUGAUUGUAGCAGCAUUUGGUAGACCCUUACCUGAACCAGGAAAGAUGGUGCAUGUUAGAACAUUGGAUGAAAAUUGGGAAACAGGUACUAUAUUUCUUGCCAGACCUGAUGAUGACAGAGUUGAUAAUGCAAAUAGAGAAACACUAUUAUCAAAGCUUGGUGUAGAUAAAUUAAUCAAAUUAUUUUCUGUGAUGUUACUGGAGAGAAGCAUUCUGUUCUGUGCGAAAAACCUUGGGAUUUUAUCCCAGACAAUCCAUGCCAUGAGAUCUUUACUUUAUCCAUUCUCCUGGCCACACACAUACAUUCCAGUAUUACCAGAUACCAUGUUAGAUAUCUGUUGUUCUCCCACACCAUAUGUUAUUGGAAUACUGUCGUCACAUCUUCAGACAGUUCUUAAUCUGCCACUUAGUGAGAUAUUUAUAUUUGACCUUGAUAAAAGACAAGUGAUUAAGUCACAAGGAGAUGAGGAUACACUGCUGCCUAAAUCUGUACAGAAAGCACUAAAAACAGUCCUAAACAUGUGCAAAGUUGAGGGAGAUCUGAAAAAUGCCCAGAAUUUGCUGAUAUCAGAAGCUUUCCUUAGGUUCUUUGUUGAAGCCGUUGGACAUUAUGGAAACCACAUUACAACUCAGCAAAAUGGUCAGCUUGUCUUUGAGAAAGAUAGUUUUGUAAAGAAUGCACAGUCCUCUAGUAUGGAACAGUUCUUAGAAUGGUUUACAGAAACACAGAUGUUUGAGGUGUUCCUCACAGAUAAAGUGGAAACUAAAAACAAAUCAAAGACGAAUACGCUUAAUAUAUUCAACAGUCGUAUUAAAGAGUACAAUGAGGAGUUGGAAGAAGCCAAGAAAGACAAAAAGAAGUCAAAAGGAUUCCUGAAAUUACUAAAAUAGUCUCAAUCAUUCAGAGUUAUAGUCACAAGAUAUCGGUAUAUUUAUCUGUAAAAUUGUCUCAUGUUAUCUCAGUAAUUAAUUAUACAAUGGAUAUAAGCAUUAUCAUCUUAUACAUGAAAUAUAUAUAUAUAUAUUAUUUGCAUGAAAUGUUUACUAUCAAAUAUAAAACCAUUGUAUAAAAAUUUAUUAUUGCAUUUGAUAACAAUUGUGCUAAAGAUAUUAUCCUUCCAUGAAUUUUCUGCUUAUAAUCCAAGAAUUUGUCAUGGUAUCAUGUAUUAAUUUGAUACACAAUUUUUGUUAUUUGAACACAUGGAAAGUUAAUACUAGUUAUAACAAACAAAGGAAAAUAAAAAAUUUAAAUUUGUGAAACGUUUUAACUUAAAUGCAUUAUCUCCAAACAACCCAAACUUCUGAUAUAACUCAAUGAAUUAAGGUACAAUAACUAGUACAAGUUUCACAUUUUUAUUGAGCAGUUUUUACACUCAUUGCAAAAACCGACUAUAUUAAUGCUUUUCAUUAAAAAAAAAACUUUUGUGUUUCUAUGAUAUUUACACUACAUGAAUUUCCAAACAUUUAUAUACAAAGAACAUUUCACAAAUACUCUUUAUGAUCUCUCUCCACCUAUCAAGAAGUUUUUCAUCAUGCAUUAUUCUAAGUGCAAUGACAAUAUGCAAUAAAGUUUUUGGUUUUGAUAUUUGGAAAUAUGUUCAUACACUAUUAACUACAAAAGUAAAUAACAGAAUGACAAUUUUUGUAAUUUGUUGAAAAUCUAUUUUUUUUUAGUGUUGUUUUAAUAAUGAUCUAAAAUAAGAAGAUAUAAGUUUAGUAUUAUUUUUUUCUCCCUCCCUCCCCCCAAAGAAAUUCUAAAUUCUUUUAUACUUUUCUGUUAUUUUUGUAUUGCAAAAAAGGUAUAAUUAUAUGAUUUGGCAAUUUAGUACGGAAAUGUUAAAAUGACUCAGUGAUCUCAGAAAAAGGCAAAACAAAUUUGUUCUUAAGAAAAAGAGACAUUUUUAGCAAAAAUUCUUACCCAAUAAGAUAUUUGAACCACAACAAAGUUAUUGUGAAAUACUUUGUUCAGAAAAAUAUCUUUUACAUGAAAAUUUUACUCAUAUCUAAAUAUGGAUGAGGUAUUUUUCAUGGAUAUAUUACUUUUGAGGGGACCAAAGCAAAGAUAUAAGUAAGAUUUUAAACUUAUUAUUUAUUUAUUAAAAAAAAUUGACAUUUUAAGUUGUAUUUAUCUCUUGGAGUAUCUUUAAGAUUUUACAAUAGAGGUGCCAAGAACAGCACUUAAUCAUAAAUUCUCUGUUUUAACUACCAAACUUAAGUAAAAUGCUGUAGAUUUAUUUUAUUUUUUGGGGGGGAAUAAUUUUCAUGGAUCGAGGAAAAAACUUUUUAUUGAUUCUUGAUUAUUUUGUUUUGACAAAUUUUGAAUACAAGUCUCAAGGGAAAUUGUAUCUUUUUGAACACUGAUAUUCUUGGUUCACCUAUGUCCAUGAAACCCAUGAAAAUUAAUACUCCCUGGAUAAUAUGAAUCAACAGUAUGCUUAUUUAUAACUGUGGUUUUGUUAACCUAUAAAUUUCUCAAAAAUUAUGCUUUCGCAUUAAAACAGACAACAUGUUUUGUAUAAAUCUCAUUUUUAAUAUAAUUAAAAUGUCAGAUCUUUUGUUUGAUAUGGUGCUCAUAUUUUCCCUAUCUUCUUGUGUUAAGUUACUCUUUAUACAUAUACAAAACCUGUAGAACUAUGGUCAAUUUCUGUUGAUAUAACAAUAAUGUUUGAAAAACAAAAGUUUGCAAUAUUGGAGCUGACAUUUUUUGGUUGCAUUUAUUAUGUCAUCAUAAUAUUCAUUUGCUAGCUGCAAAUUCUAGUUGAACAAAAGAAAAUCUGUAUAAAAUGACUUGUUAGAAAACUUAUCAUUUAAACAAGUUAUAAUUCCUAUCAUAAUGUUACUUAGGGGUUGGUGCCUUAUUUUACUUAAAAGUAAGAUAUGUUUGCAUGUGUGCCAAUGCAUCAUAUUAAUAGUUAUAAAUGAUUGAUUCUUUAUAAUUGUUUCAUAGAAAUAGAAUUUAUCCUGUAUAUUCAGUGGUGGAUUCAAGGGGGAGGGGUAGAGGAUUUAGGAAAAAAAUAUAAGUUUUUGGCAUAAAAUCAUCUGACAUGGUUUUCCAUUAUGGACAAAAUACCCCCCCCCCCCUUUUUCUUGAAACCCAGAAUCCACCUUGAUAAUUUAAAUUGUAAAUUUCAGAAAAAUAAAUUGUUUUGAUAAGUACAUCAUGAAUAUCUCAUUAUAACAAUUAGUUGUAUAAUUAAUACUUAAUAUAAAUAAUAUGAAUCUCAUCAAAGUAUUUUUAUUAACAUAUGGUUCACAUUGAUUGGCAAUAUGUCAUACUUUUUGUGAGAUAACAAAUUUAAUUUGAAAGGGAUUGGUUAUUAUAUUGUAUUCAGCAUUGUAAUUUAGAUUUGUAUAUAUUCUAAUUAAUAAGUAAUAAAUGUCCUGAUAUUUAAAAGUAGUAUAUAAUUAUUUGCAUGAAGGAAGGGUAAAUGAGUAAGAAUCUCUCAUUGACAAUUUUACCAUGUAGACAAUUUUAAUAUUAUUAUUGUUGUUGUUGCAGAACAAAAUGAUCCUAUAGUUACAUUUGUAAUUAGUUUUUGCGUACUUAAAAUAUUUGUACUAAUUUGUAUAAAAAUAUUGAAAUUGAAGAACCUGUUUUUUUUUUAAAUCCUAAUACAUGCAUUUAAUAUAUAUGGGUUACAUUCAACUUACAUAAUCACUUUAAAAUCAAAUUUGAAAGUUUACCCAAGAUUUUCAUUUGUCUUUCAUUGUGAGCAGUUGUAAAUUGCAUAUUCUUAAAUUUCUAAUUGUAAACUUUUCCUUCAUGGCACAUGUUUUUCAUGAAUGAAAAGUGCUAGACCAUAGUAUAUUAACAAUCGUCCAGAAUGGGCCAGUGUAAUAUUUUUAUUUCAAACUUGAAUGUAAAAUAAAUCAUACAUAUUUUUUAUGUGUCAUGUUUUAUAACUGUCAGAUAGAUUAUGUAAUAUAAUAAUAUAUAUAAUAAUGCUGAUGAUUUUAAACUGGUAUUUAUGUGCAUGUGCAAUUUAACAGAUAAUUAUGGUAAGCAGCGUGUAAGCAGCAGUCAUAGGCAAAGUCCCAUAGUGUAUAUAGAAUUUUACAAAUACUAUUUAUCUGUGAUACUUAUUAUUUUUGCUUAGUAUUAUUGCGCUUUUAUUUAUUUGCUAGGGAUAGAUUUUUCAUGUUUAAUUAUAAAAAUUGUUUGUACAUUGUUAAUGAAAUGUUGUUUAAGGGUUUUUAAGGACUUUUAUUUGUUUGAUCAUUAUAGUUUUAGUUAAAGGUACUUACAAUUUUAAUGAAUCAUAGAAUCUUAUUUUUGAAGCAUUUAUAAGUUUACAAACAUGAUAACAUAAUACAAUAACAAGUCUAUAAAUAUGUUCCCACUACCAACGGUAACAUGGUAAAUAUGUUCCCACAACCAACAGUAACAUGGUAAAUAUGUUCCCACAACCAACGGUAACAUGGUAAAUAUGUUCCCACAACCAACAGUAACAUGGUUUUGUUCAUCUUUAAAAAAGAAGAAUGCAAAUUUUAAGAGGAAACCUACAACUGUUUAUUGUUUUUGAUGUAAGAGGUAAGGUAAGACACAGCUAUCAUUUUUUUCUUUGACAGUGCCAUGAUACUAUCAACUUUUUCAAAAAUAAUAUAAUCUUUUUUCCUAUUCACCAGUUUAACUGAAUUUUAUAUGGAGUUAUGCCCUUGUCAACAAGACAUUUUCAAAUAACCUUCAUCUUAUUUUUAGUAUAUAGUAACGAGGUUACUGUUUGGGGUAGCUGUGCAGCUCCUUUAUAGCUGUUUUGCAUGUCAAAACCUAUUUAGAUAAAACUAAAUCAAAGAUGCAGGUGAAAUCGUCAGACAAGACAUUCAUGAAAAUUGGUUUACCAUUAUGAUUCUUAUAAAUGAAUCUGUAGAAAAAUAUUCUGCUAUAGAUUACAAAUUAUAUCUCAAACUAGGUAAUAAAGAAUAGAAAACCCUGGUCAAUUGUUGUAGUUUUUGGCUUCAAAACAUUAUGGAAUCUCCAAAGAAAAAUUGCUUAAAUAUAAUUUUCUCUUUUUCUUUAAGGUUCAAAUUUAUGCCAAUGUAUUCCAAUGAAUUCUUUAAAAAUCCUGAAGAACAACAUUAGAUAUACAGUUCUUCCUUGCUAUCCUAGAACAAUUUAAAGGUGAGAGGGCUUAGAUGAUACUUGUUUGUAGAAAUUUGUGAUAAAGGUACAGUGCUGUAUUAUUGUCAAUUUGGCAGGAUAUAACAACAGAUCUUAUAUAAUUUAGUAUGAUUCUGUUACCAAUUCCGGUUUACUCCAAUUAGUUGUUUCUGACAAUGAUGGCAUGCUACUUUGUUUUGGGAGACUAACAGGUUUGUUUAUAUAUUUUACUAAUUUAUAAUUUGUUUUUUUUUCCAAACAAGAAAAAAAGUUCUGAGGUUGUAAAAGAAAAAUGUUCUUGAUAAUAUUUAUGGUUGUAACAGGUUAUUUGGAAUUAGAAAUUAACAGUUUUAAACUAUUCCUAGAGAAAACAAACAUUCUUAUCAGUAAUUGAAUAAAAAUACCCUCCUUGGUUCAAGACCAACACUUAAAGUCAAAUGGUUACCAUAUAGGGUUUACAUUGGCCAAUUUAAACGAAACAAAAAAUCCAGAAUUGAAAAUCUAUCUCUAUCUUGAGUUUUGCUUGCUUUUUAUUUUAAGCUAUUAUAUCUUAGAAAUUGUAAUUGGUGGAUAUAAUUUGUUAUAUUUGACAGUACUUAUUACAUCAUAAAAUAAUUGUUAUUUUUUUAGCAUUUCAUCGCAAACAAUUAUUGGAUAAAAAUUUCAUUUACAAUGUCUUUUUUUUUAUUAUUGAAAUGUAACCAAAAAUAGUAAAAUAUCAAAAGAUGUGAAUUGAGUGAAAAAAAUUGUAUGGUUUUGAACAUUUAUACCAUGUAUUUUUGUUAUUUUUUGUAUUUGAGGGGGUGUAUUGUUUGAAUUUUCUCGUGAUAAAAAAAACUCUAAUUAAAUCAUGUCAUGAAAUUAAGUAAUUUGUGUCAAUCAUGAUGAAAAAAGAUACCAGUAGUACUACUUAUUAUAUACUUGGUAUCGAAAACUUUUGAACUGUAAUGUUAAGGUACUACAAGUAGCUUGUACAUUUUGCUUCAGCUUGCUUGCUUAUUAUUUAUGGCACAGUGAAAUUUGAUUAUUUCUUUUCUUUGCAUUCCAUAUCAAAAUGAUAAUAAAAUUUGUUAUUGUUUCUA